AUGGACAUUCCCAGACCCUCAGAGGGUGAUAUUGACAUUGGAACCGGAACGUUUCAGGCUUGCUGGGUUUUGACGUCUGUCGUGGGCGUUGCCUUGUUGUUUCGUUAUGCAAUCAAGAUCUGGGUCCGCUGGGCUCUACCUCAGGUCACAGCACCUGGUAGAGUAUGGGGUAUUGAGGACUUGUUCUUCCUCGUCGCGUAUGGGUUUGAUGUCACCCACAUGGCCUUCAUUCAAAUGAGUGCAAAUUCUGGCCUUGGGCGACACUUCUACUAUCUCAAUCCCACUGAGCGUUUCCAGUCUAUGAAAUGGGAUUUUCUUUCUCAGCCACUCGCGGUAUCUUCAGCCAUGAUUUCCCGCACCGGCAUGAUGUGGUUCCUUCUCACUUGCUUCGCCGCAAGUGACAAGAAGAUCCGUAUCUCCAUCAUUAUUUGCGCGAUUGUUCAGAUUGUUGCCAAUAUGAUCACUAUAGUCCAGAUUGUGGUCCAGUGCGGCCCAAAUCCUUAUCAAGCAAGCAACCGCGUUCAAUAUUUUCACUAUAUGUGGACACCCUUGCCAGAAGAUGGCUCCGUGAAGUGCCAGUCGCCGUCUGUCCAGACUACUGUGGGAUUUGUACAAGGAGGCUUUAACACAGUGAUCGACUAUUUCCUUGCUAUCCUUGCCGCAGUUGAGUUGUGGCAAUUCUUUUUGAGAACAUUGCAUCGCAACCCAAACUUGUCAUUCUGGUCGCAGUUCAAUAAGAUCAGUGGCACGGUCCGAUCGAGGCGUAUUUGGCAAACUAUCACCCUCAGCGGGCCACUGCUCCUUUCGGGGUGUGCGUCUAUCGUCAAAACAUAUAAACUCAAAUCUCUUGGUGACCGACAAGACUUCACAUACAACAUUGUCACUUUUGUUCUCUGGGUGAAGAUCGAGAAUUACAGCAUCCUUCUCGCCUCAUGCGCCCCGGUAGCGCGCCUCUUCCUUCGCGCCUUUGUAGAUCACAGACGCGAAGGUCGCUCCCACGGCGGGUAUUGGUCUCGCUCCAGAUCAACAAAUGACAAUGAGCACGACACAGAGCUGAAGCGCAGGCAUGUCAAUGCGAAAGAUCAGUGGUUUGAUUCAGCUACUGUGACGAAUACGCGGGCGGGGGACGAGGAAAACCCAGCAACGCAUUGGGAUGGCCGUUUACAUGAGCGUUCUGAGAGCCGGGUCUCUAAAGCCGAAACUCCGGAACAUUUGGAUGAUGGAUGUGUUACUGUCAAGACAGAUAUUUCUAUUCAGGUUGAUGACGGGAGGUCAACAUCUUCGGGGGGAGCGAGACUUUUGCCUGAUGGAGGUGAGAAUCUUGGACGAUCUGGUUGA